AUGAACAAGACCAAGGGAGUUUUUGAGACCCCAGAGCUUUGGACCCCAGGUCGCAUGCAGAGCACCUUCUUGACCAGUGUGGCACCACCAUUUGCAUUCAGCCAGCAGGCCACAGACAAAGCCCUGAAUGUGAUACUUAUUGUGGUCCUCUUCAUCAUCAUGGUAUCUCUGGGGUGUACGAUGGACAUAGCCAAAAUCACAACUCACCUCAGGAAACCCAAGGGUGUGUCAAUUGCUGUAGUGGCUCAGUAUGGCAUCAUGCCCUUGACAGCAUUCAUAUUGGGCAAGAUCUUCCAGCUGGGUGCUACAGAAUCCCUGGCCAUCCUCAUCUGCGGCUGCUGCCCAGGGGGAAACCUUUCCAACAUCUUUAGCCUGGCACUAAGAGGGGACAUGAACCUCAGCAUUGUAAUGACCACAUGCUCCACCAUCCUGGCAAUUGGACUAAUGCCUCUGCUUCUGUACCUUUACUCGGGAGGACUAUACGAGGGUGAUUUGGAGGGCAAGGUGCCUUACAAAGGAAUAAUCACCUCCCUGGUCCUAAUGCUAAUCCCCUGUGCCAUCGGCAUCAUCUUGAAUGAGAAGAAACCACAGUACACUGGCUUUACCAUCAAGGCAGGGAUGGUCAUGCUUCUGCUGUCAUCUGCUGCAAUAAUCGUUCUGUCCGUGGCAAAUGUGGGAAGCAGUAUAACAGUCGUCUUCUCACCAUCAAGCUUAAUGAGCGGUAUUUGUUUGAAAGUGGAUUAAAUCCAUGACCCGUUUAACACUUCCUCCUUCAGAUGCCGGCGGACAGUGUGCAUGGAGACUGGCUGCCAGAAUGUACAGCUUUGCUCAACUAUCCUCAAGGUCGUCUUUGCCCCAGAAAUCAUCGGCCCCCUGUACUUCUUCCCACUGCUUUACUUGCUGUUCCAGCUUGGAGAGGGACUUCUACUGGUCCUGGUCUUUAGGAUCCAUGACAGAAUAAAGAAAUCAAAUGGCAAGUACAGCUUUGCUCCUGUAUUUCUUAAACUUUCCAAUCCAGACCACAUACGCUUACAUACAAUUACCAAUAAAUUGCUGCUUUCUAGGGGCAGCAUCAGGUUGCCCUUUUAACUCAGUUACCAUACCCAAUGCAUUAAAUACAAAUCACAGCCAAAAGCUCAUAGGUAACUGAAAACAUUACAGAUUACGACUUCUUGUAUCAGCAGAAUGUUUCAUACAGCUAUGUACUACCUAUAUUAUCUGGGCUCAGAGGUGUUCAGGGUCCCGUGCUCAAAUUGGGGCAGGCAUCCUGCAAAAGCCAUGACUUGCACCGAGCACAUGCAAAGAACAGUUGCAUACACACCCCCUAAAACUACACAAGAACAUCAGAUGUUCUCUAAGGCAACAAAUUCCAGCCUCGCUGUAAGUUGUUGAGAUACUCACUGAAGGGUGUCGUUUCUGUCAAGUACUGCAGCUGAAGGAAGGAAACAUGGGUCUUUUGCUAGAGAACUACAUACAUUCAAGCUUGAUUAAAAUAUAUAUGGUAUUGGUAUAGAUGUGAGGUAGAUUCUUCUCCAACUUCAACAGGUCCAUACUACCGAAGUCCCGCUGGGCACCUGUGAAGAUGGCUGGAGAAUGCAGUGCUGAAUGAGAUUCUCCACCAGUCACCCCUCAGAUGCUUCCAGACCAGCUUUCUCCCAUCCCUUGGGACAAAGAAGCAGCUGCUACAGGAGCACUUUACCAUAUCCUAUAGCUAUAGCCAAAGGAUGACUGUUAAUGGGGAAAAAAACCCAAUUUGUAUCCUCAGGUGUGCCUUCAGUGCAAAGCAGUUGAUACUGGAUACAGCCAUACCGGUGCUCGCAAGACUACUGUAAGAAGGGUGGCGUUCCAGGCUCUGAUUCAUCAAUAACAAAAUGGCUUAAAUAUUUUGGCAGGACUUCCAGGUUCCUUCCUUUUGCUUUAAAUCACCCUGCAUCACCAAUUGUAGCUGUGUCACGAUCUUUCUUUCUGGGUUCAGAACUGCCAAUUCUCAAUACAUGUUUCUUUUUCUUCAGAUGCAGCAAAGAUGAUCAGUGCAGCUGUGGACGCCGUUACUGCUCAAGAAAUGAAACCGGCGUCAAGGCCCUGCGGAAACGGCGGGAAAGCAGGAAAACAACACAGCCGGGUUCUGCGCCAGCCGCUCCCGCAGCCUCCCCAAGCCCCAGCUGGCUUACAGGUCUCCAGCAGCUCCGUGUGAGGCUUUCACCUAUACGCUCAUUUGACGCCAGGCAAAGGGAUCGCCACAGAGCUAUCCGCACCAUCACUGUUCUUUCCCGGAGACCUUGUUCCACAGACUAUGCCUGCCCCUGCCUGCCCAGAAGGGACA